UCCUGUCUGGCUCAGCUUGGUACAGAGGCUUAUACCAGAGAAGGCUCAGGUCUUGGAUUUUAAUGUCGGUGAUGGAAAAACAUGAGAAUGUUUCCUGGAUCCACCAGCAAGAACUGGAAGAUCCGCUCAAGAAAUACCUAAACAGCACCGAGGACUACCUAACCUUCCUCUGCGGGCCUCCACGCAGCCACCUCUCCCUCCCGAUGACCGUGGUGUAUGCGCUGAUUUUUGUGGUGGGGGUCGCUGGCAAUCUCCUGGUGUGCCUGGUGAUUCUUCGGCACCAGGCGAUGAAGACACCCACCAACUACUACCUCUUCAGCUUGGCUGUCUCUGACCUCAUGGUCUUGCUCCUUGGGAUGCCCUUGGAAGUCUAUGAGAUGUGGCACAACUACCCCUUCCUUUUUGGGUCGGUGGGCUGCUACUUCAAGACGGCCCUCUUUGAGACCGUGUGCUUCGCCUCCAUCCUCAGCGUCACCACGGUCAGUGUGGAGCGCUACGUGGCCAUCCUCCACCCGUUCCGGGCCAAGCUGGAGAGCACCCGGCGGCGGGCCCUCAGGAUCAUCGGCAUCAUCUGGGGCUUCUCUGUUCUCUUCUCUCUGCCCAACACCAGCAUCCACGGCAUCGAGCUCCACUACUUCCCCAACGGGUCCUUGGUCCCAGGCUCUGCCACUUGUACAGUCAUCAAGCCCAUGUGGAUCUACAAUUUGAUCAUCCAGAUUACCUCCUUCCUCUUCUACAUCCUCCCCAUGACUGUCAUCAGUGUCCUCUACUACCACAUGGGGCUCAGAUUAAGGAAAGAACAACCCCUAGAGGCAGAUGAAGUCACUGCAAAUAUUCAAAGACCCUCCAGAAAAUCAGUUACCAAAAUGCUGUUUGUCUUGGUUUUAGUGUUUGCUGUCUGCUGGACCCCGUUCCAUGUCGAUCGACUCUUCUUCAGCUUUGUGGAGGAGUGGACUGAACCCCUGGCUGCUGUAUUCAAUCUCAUCCAUGUGGUAUCAGGUGUCUUCUUCUACCUGAGCUCAACGGUCAACCCCAUUAUCUAUAACGUACUCUCUCGCCGCUUCCGAGCAGCAUUCCGGAAUGUGAUCUCUCCGUCCUGCAAACAGUGGCACUCCCAGCAUCACCCAUCACCACAGGGGCCACCUGCCCAGCGGAACGUCUUCCUGACAGAAUGUCACCUUGUGGAGCUGACUGAAGAUGCAGGUCCCCAGUUCCCCUGCCAGUCAUCCAUCUGCAGCUAUCACCUCCCCACAGAGCUCUGUACUGGACAGGCACCAUGAAAGGAACUAUCAAAGAGGUGACAUUCCUCUCUACCUCCAUACUGCAGCAAGGGACAACCCAUAAUUUAUGCCUUCUUAUAUGAUAUUAGGUUAAAUGGCUGUUAGAACAUAUAUCCAUUUCUAGGUGUGUAUUUUUUUUUUUAACAAAUGUGAACAUUGCUACUAAAUCUGGAUCUAAAACCCAGAACCUCCUGAUUUUUACUUGU